AUGUUAUCUACUCUUGCUAUGGAUCGGGAUAUUGAUGAGUGUCUCGAGCAUGUGCUAGAUUGGGACAAACUCGAAAGAGCCAAGACUCCGAUGAAGUUCACAGGCGACAACGUGCCGCCUCUUUCACCACCGCUGGCGUGGGUCCUGCUAUGGAAUGGGCGAUACUCCAACGUCUUUGGAGGAUUUGUACCAGAUGAACUGAGGCGAUGGGGCUAUGUCAUGUGGGAUGAGCAGCGGUGGAAUAAGAUGGGAGCCGGAGCGAAGGACCUCAUUCGCGGACAAUGGAAAUCUCAUCCUGAAAAUCUUGUUGAGAUCAUGGAGACCGUUGUUUACUGGAGUUUAAAUGGUAAUGCCGACGACGCCGACGAUAUUGCGGGCGCCAUGGAGGGAUAG